AUGGCUCGUCUCAGCGCUAACGCGACACCGAAAACCGAUCGCAAGCCGAGCCGCUUCCGCGGACUAUUCAGACAGCAGUCCAGCUCGAGCGCAUCAUCCAGUCCCGCUACCCUGCAAAAGUCGCCUCCGUCCGUCGCCUCUAGCCCGUUGGCGUCGCCAUAUGUGCGCCCAGGAUACGAACAAAUCGGUCUCCUACCCAGCGAGCAGUCCAUGCACAGUCUACAGGAACUUGGUGAGAACGAUGCUGGCGAUGGCGGGACGAUUGGCUCUACAGCAGUUGAAAGUGCCUCUCCAAAACGCCAUGCUGAGGAAGCAGGCCGUGAUUCCGUUGAAUCUGAGGUCGCCAAAAGCCAGAAUACCUCUCCACGUACAGCUGGUGAUGCAGACAAGCGAAGCGGGUUGCCACUGGGUUCUUCCCACAAGAUCGCAGAGGCCAUGGACAACAGCCCCAAGUAUUCCCAGCACGGUGGCUCUGUUGAAGACCCCAACCUCGUGCAGUAUAAGACCACCAGCAUCAAGCGCACGAACGACUUCCUCAAGACUGCUCGUAUAUCGCCACGACCCCCACUUCUCAUCGACACGGCCGACGAGCACGGUCACUCCACGCUUUUGGAUGAAGACGAACCCAGCCCCCGCAAGUCUUUCGCGUCUAACAUCUUCGACGACGACAGUUCGCUGAGUCAGGGCAUCCGCGAGUAUGUCACCAGCAAGAUCGCGGAAGCGCUGGCCGAGCACAACCGGGAGCGUCAAGGCGACGCCGAUGCCACGGUCAACAACAUAGGCCCGCUGAACCUCAUCAUCAAGAUCGACGCGGCCGGCCUCGUCAAAGCAAAUAUCUCCAAGCGGUUGAUCGGGGACGAUGGAAAGAUCGGCGAGUUCCCGGAGCGCCUCACCAUCGGUCCCUUCGAGAUCUCGAAUGCGCAACUAGGACGAGACAUCCAGUUCGGUGUCAUGGCCAUUUACGCGAUCGCCUUCCUCGGUGCAUCUCUUCUAGGACCCAAGACUCUGCUUCUUACUCUCUGGAAAUCGGCAAUCUUUAUGGGGGUUUACGCCGCUCUGUUGCGUCAGCUGUGCUGGACUGAGAAGGUUGAGCGCGACGUGCUGCUGGCGCCUGUGUGCUUUGUGGUUAGUGUGGCUAUAGGUAUGGGCGAGCAGCUGCUUGACCAGUUGCGCAUGAUGAUGGUUGCGGUACUCGCUGAGGCUAUCGAACGCGUUGCUCAGAGCUGUGGUGUGCAGGUACAUAGCGAGUAA